AUGGAUUGUGUAGAUCACGUCAUAGACGUGCCUAUUUCAAAAUUGCCUGGCCUGCAAAAGUUUCAACAUUUCCUUUUUACCUGUGCUAACCCUCAAAGGGAUGCCAACCCGCGAGGGGGAGCAAACCCGGAAAAUAGUGAUAAAGUUGAGACAGUUAAAUUAACUGGGCUUGACUAUCAAGAAGCCAAAAUUCUUUGUUUAAUCACAUUAAGCAUUCUAAAAACUGGACAAAUUAUUUACGGUGUGGUUAAAGCCCAAGAAGUCGCUAAUGGGCCUUUCCAAGAAUUCAAACUAUUAAAAAUUAGUAAAUCCGAGGCUUCAAGGAUCAUAGAAGAAAUCAAGGCUCUAUCAUUUCCAGUGUUGGUUCCUUCUCCUCUGAAAUACGAGCGGCAAGAAUAUCUUUAUCAGCAUAUUCGUCCCUUUGUCCGAGACAAAUUUAAAGAUGUCACUUGCCCAAAACCAACGGAUAGUAUUGCUAAACUUGAAAGGGUAUAUAAACCGAUUGGGUACCGACUUAAUAUUCCAACAGGAGAAUUAGCAGGACAAAACAUGCCACAUUUUUAUAUGCGAGUAGUGCCUAAGUAUGGUGUAAUAGACAAAGGAAGCACAGGAAUUAAAGAAAAUUACCAGCAAGCUACCCCCUCGCAAGAAAAAGAAAUUAACGAGGCUCUUUCCCCGAAUAAGGGGCAAGCAACUAAGCUCGUAGAUCAAGAAAAAGGAGAAACUUCACCGAUCAAAGACCAUGAAGGUAGGCCUGUUCGAAACAACCAGCCAGUUGGCACUAUGGAAAACGAACGAAUAGCCGAAAAACUCCGUGACCCCGAAGGAUACGCCAAAAUCUGA